CCUGUGGGAGGGACAGAUCUGUCCGGACACCCGCUCUAGGGACUGUCGCAGACUAUCGUUCGCUGUGGCACAAUAGUAUUCUUGUGUGGGAUCUGUGUUGAAUGACUUUGGGAGAGACGGAGACAAAUUCACCAAACAGCCUCUCUUCAACACAUAUUGUAAUCUGGAGAUCCUAAAGAUAACAGGAACGAAGUGAGGGCAUGGCAGCUCGUGUGGACGUGUCCUCUGGUGAGGUGGGCCAAGCAGGAGAUGCAGGUAUCAAGCCUGAGCUUGGCCCCAAACCCUGCCUGAUUCCCAAACCCUUUUCACUGCAGAGGAACACCACAUUCCGCUCCAUCCUAGCCCCAAAGACACCAGAGCCUAGCAAACCAGAGCCUUGUCAGCCUAUUAGUGCCCCUGUGUCUGACUCAAGCAGCGUUGUGAAACUCGAUGCAGAGAGCACCACGAUACCUGAACUGACCAAUGCUCUCGAUGUUCCUUCAGCCAUAACACCCCAAACUGAAUCGACCCACACUACUGAACAAAACCAAAUUGCUCUUUCCACAUCCCUUACUACCCCAAAAUCUGAGCCACCAGCUAGUACCACAUCUGACCCAACUGGAACCUCAGAGGCAAAUCAAGUCAGUCUUUCUGAACUGGACGAACAUGGCCCCUCUGAUACAGGCCACUCCGCCACUGGAACUGAGCCUGUACCAUCACCAUCAGUCACCUCAACUCCUCUUCAACCGCAGUCUGAAAACACUGUGAGUGAGCCCACCCCUGCGGUCGUCAGGCGCCACGCUGGGAAGGAUCAGGCAGCCCACUUGGGAGGAGGCAGGAAGCGGCUGUCCAUGGAGCUCACCUCCAGGUUUGAGUCGGCCGGCCUCUCACUCCCCUCACAGCCACCAGCUAACCAGGAACGGGAACAGGUGACCAUGAGAGAGACUGCAGUCUCCAAAGUGUCAGUCCUCAGGGCGAAAGAGGAAGAGAAGGUCACUGAUUCACCAGGGUCGCCAUCUGAACCAGAGUGCAGACUCAAGCACUCAACACCACUGAAUGAAGAGAGGGAUGGAGAAGGGGUAGAGGAGGAAGGAGAAAAGAAAGGGAGCAGCAUACAACGGAGGAUCAGUCUGCUGCUGGACUCCUCCUCGAGGCCAGAGGCUCUGACCAAUAGGGAGGAAGUACCUCGUCCAAUGAAACAAGCAGUCAGUUCUGGUGGUGUGAAACAGCGGAUCAAAGACUGGGCAGCAGACACACCGCCUGUUCGGGCAUCCAAUCAGAGGGUGGAUGUUGCCCCUCAACCAUUCCCUGUCAGAGUACACCCUGUGUUGAGUGUCACUGGGGGGUCGUUGGCGACGAGCAAAAGCGUUCAGCUAGCUCCUCGAGAGGACAAGGCUUCCACCCUACUUCACGCUGGACAUUCUGGGAUAGAAGAUGAGGAGGAGGAUGAUGAAGACGAGGAUGAGGAAGAGGAGGAGGGAGAGAAGGAGGAGAACAUGGUACCACUCUACAAAACAGUAGGGAUACGUCUUGGACAGGAAGAUGGAGGGGAAAAACAGGAGCUUGUGGUUGAUCAAAUAGGGAAAGAGAUGGAGGCUAAGGUAAAAGAGGAGGAAAAACUUGCAGAAGUGGAUAAAUUAAAACAGCUGGAACUAGAAGAGAGACAGGCAGAAGAUGAGAAGGAGAGAGAAAGACAAAAAGUAGUGGAGAGGGAAAGGGAGGGACAGAGAGAGGAGGAGAGGGAAAGGGAGAGACAG